AUGGACAACGUCGGCUUGGCGCUCGAGCGACUGCUGCCCGAGCUCCGAGACUUGGAGCAGCGCAAGCUCUUCACCAAGAGGGAAAUCAAUGAAAUUGUGCAAAGACGGACUCAAUACGAGCGCAGGCUGAUCAGAAGGACAACGAAGCCUUCAGACUAUCUUGACUAUAUCGACUAUGAGGCAAAACUCGAUCAGCUGCGUCUCAUGCGCUCGAGGCGUAGCAAGGGCAAAGAGCGGCAGCAGAGCUUGUCUGACUACUCUAUCAAGCAACACUGUCUCAAGCUCUUCCAAGCGGCCACACGCAAGUUCCCGGCAGAUCUGCCACUCUGGCGUGCCUACAUCGACACCGCCAUUGCUCACCAGUCGCCCAAACUCGUCUCACAAGUCCUUGGUGCAGCUAUCUCCCUUCAUCCCGCCCUUCCCGAAUUCUGGAUCAUCGCCGCUCGGUGGGAAUGGGACGGCGACGUACACGAGCAAGGCGGGGGCAAUAUCGAGGCUGCUAGGAAAUUGCUACUUCGCGCUCUGAGGUUCAAUAAGCAUCAGGUCUCUGUCUGGUCGGAGUGGUGCAGGAUAGAGAUGGCCUAUGCAGAACAGAUGAGACAGAGAUGGGACGUGCUCGGCAUCGAUGCUCUUGACAACGCCGAGCAAUCUCACAUCGACGUACCUGAUCUAUCGACCGACGCGACUCAAGAUAGUAUAAGACAGGAAGCCAUGGGUCAAGAAGCGCUCGUCAAGGGUGAACUGCUCUCGCUCAUCUUCGAUCAGGCUUUCGCUGCAUUCGAAGCAGAAGUCACUGCGCCUGUCUACCUCGCUCUGCGCGAUCUCAUCCGGUCAUCGAAUCUCGAAUUGCGGGAAACGCUCAUGAAUGCACUGGACGAGCGCAGUUCUGCACUGGGUGACGCCGAGCCCAUCGACAGUCUUGUCAUGCGAUGUUCGGCACCACUGUAUGAUCCGCUUGCCGACGAUCCGGCAGAUGACCUCAUGGAAACGGACGAAUCUGAUGAGCAGGCUCUCGUCCGACCGUCCACGCAGAUCACCGCAACAGGCAUAGGGCUCGUCACCGCCCUGGGCAAAGCUAUACAGAAUUUCACAAGAGCAUGCGCCAUCGAAUCGCCUGCUCGUGCUGCCAGACUAGAUGCUUAUGCACGUUGGCUGACUGGCAUCUAUGCCGAAAUCAAUGAUGACGACUUGCGCAAAUAUCUCUGCACACAAGCUGCCAAGCUGAUCAAGAUGGACAGCAGUCCCACUGUCGAGGUCGUCCUCUGUGCGAGCCGACUCUACCUACAACAGAGUCAAUACGGGCGAUCGUUGACCAGCUUACAUCUUGAGGAUGCCCGACUGGCUGCGGAUCCACGAAUCUGGCUCACCUGGUUCGAUGUCGUCCGCGCCCAGUCAGGCGACAUGUCGGCGGCUAUAAGACGCGCUCUCACACAACUGCCUGCCUCGCCCGAGAUCUGGCAAGCCUGGGUGGACGAUCUUGUCGAACAGCUUGACGAAUCACCCGCAUCGGUCUUGGCUGCCUGCCGCGAACAGCUCUUCAAAGCUAGCGAUCUACAAAUACGCGACUCCAUCUUGCAUCCGUUCUACGAGUCUCUCGUGCGAUCACAGACCGCGAAAGAGCGUCGCCAGACUUAUGCUGACUUGCAUCGCGCUCUUUUGCCAACGUUGUCGCUCUACUCGAUCGCGCUCAAGUUCGAGCAAGAUCCUGCCAAUCGUGUCUACUUGCACGAGAAGAGGACACAGCAUGCAGAUGCGACUGUGACAGAAUGGUUCGACUAUCUUGCCGAGCUUUACACCGUCCAGGGCGACGGAAAAGCAGCUUCACUCGUUCACGAUCGUGCUCUCGCUGCACUGCAGGGUGCGCAGAUAGAAGAUUUAAACACAGCUUGGCAGAUGCUGUUGGAUCAGUGA